CAACUCAGCUCAGGAAGUAUAGGCAGUGAUGAGGACGAUGUGGAGGACGAGGACGAUCUCACUGGCAGUGCAUUUAGUCUUUCUGGUUGUGAGCAUGGCAGCAGCAGCACUGGCCUCCUCGAAGGCAGCGCUGGUAGCCCCGGAAGUACUGAAUCGGGCCGCCCUGGAGUUGAUAAGCGGCUUUGUGCACAUCGGCACAGUCUCACAGGGUCAAGCCAAGAGGACGCUGGAAUUGGGCCAGUUAUUUCUCCAGCUGCUACUGAGGAAGACAAUUUUAGUAUUACUGCCUUAAGCAAUGGAGCUGUGAUGCCAAAUGCAAUAUCGCUUGCAACCUCCAAGAGUGCCGUUUACCAAUCCUCUCUCUCUGCUAUCUCUUCAUCACAAGCUCCCUCACCCCAACGCACUUCUCAGACAACAGAGGCUUCUGAUCUUGCUAUCAUGCCUAAUUCCCUUUUGCACUGCGUCGAAGCCUAUGCCCAUACCUCAAUACGACAGCUUGAACUAAAGGAAGCUAUGGACCAUCCUGCGACUCAGAUUCCCCUCGAACCGGUAGAUAUUUAA